CGCUUUUGGUUUUGUGUGUAUAAAUCGAAAAAGGGUUGAAUGGGUACGACAAAGGCUUUCAUUCAAAGAAACAGAGACCAAAACACACACAAAAAGAGAGAAGGCGAAUUAAAGACAAAGAUAAUGUUAACAUCAAGGGCAUGGAUCAUCGCUUCAGGUUUGGUCGGAGCUAUAUCACUGAUGCUCCGAUCGGUGUUGAACUUCUCCUUCACCGGAUUUCAUUUCUCUCUCCCUACUUUAAACCCCCUCUUCAUCAUCAUCAACGGAAUCAUCUUCGCUCUCGCAGCCUCCUCUUCUCUCUUCGGCCAUGGAUCUGACUCUUCGGCCACGGAGCAUAACCACGAUCAUGAUACAUAUCAUCACUAUGAACAUGAUGACCAUAACCAUAACCAUAGCCAGAACCAUGACCAUGACCGUUCUUGGAAUAACUCAUCAUCCGACUUUUCGUUUGAUCAAUACAACAAUAAGGUUCAUGAGGUAAAAAAGUUCCCGGUGAAGUCAGAGAAGUCAGAGAGUGGAGGAUCUUCUAGUAAUCGUAGACCGGUUUCAUCUCCGGAAAUUCAAUUUCCGUCAAAGGCGCCGGAGAAACCUACUGGACCCCGACGUCCACCUGUCCCUUUAAAGACUUUUCCACAAGAUGACAAGUCGGGUGAUGAGAGCGAGACCAUGGAUGAGAUGUGGAAGAGAGUCAAAGCCGAAAAACAACCACCGAAAUCUAACACGGUUCAAGGCCACGUCAUUUCAAGAAACGGCUCAAGAAUGUCCACAUCGUCGUGUCCAUCCCCGUCGCGAGCGAGGAGGCCUCCUUCAUCGUCCUCGGGGUCGGGAAAGAAGUUGAUGGAUAGAAUUCCGUCGUGGGUGAAUUUGAAAAAGGAGUUGUCAAUGGGAAGAGAUGAGCUAAACUCACGAGUCGAAGCUUUCAUUAGAAAAUUCAACGAUGAGAUGAAAUUGCAAAGGUUGGAAUCUUUAAGACGUUACAAACUUUUCCGUCGUCGGAGCGAGGAAGAGUAAAAAUAAUGGAAGGAGCUACCAAAAACGACAGUGCAUUUUCAUACUGUUUUCCUUUUUGGUAAGCUUUGUUUCAUCCACACUCCAUCCGGUUUUAGUUUGUAUAAUCUACUCAAAUAAAAAAUGUUCAAGUUAAUAUGCAACAUUCGACGACGUUGUAAUCAUUGUCUAGAAGUUUAGAUGUGCAUGUAUAUGUCUUGGCUUUAGAUUUGCGUUUGGUAGUGUAAGAAAAUGUGUUUUCUUUAUUAAUUAAUUAAUUAUGUAAAAAAAUUGGUAUAAAACAUGUAAAAUCGUGUGCCACAUUCAUUCUGAUUUUACUUGCUCUUUUUUUGUGUAAAGUGAAUAUGUGUGAUUAUGUAUCUCAAUCUAUAAUCACAUUUGAAGUCAACAUGGAUGAUCUCAAAUAUGUUGAUCUUU